AUACGAGUGCUGCAGUCACAGAAGCAGAUGAAGUAUUCGCUUGGGGUAAAUUCAAUGGCCAAAGAAACUCAAGUCCGACAAAAACUUCAUUCACUUCACUGGAUGAAGUUUUUGCGAAAAUUCCAAAUGACGCCGUUACAUUCCGACCAUUGCGUGCAAAACUUGAUGAUGAGCCAAUAGAAGAAAAGAACAGUGCAAACGAAUUGCCAGAAUGGCUCAAGAAAUCUUUUGGUGACUCCGAAUCUGCUGACGUUGCUUUCGUGGUCGAGGGAAAGAAAAUCCACGCGCACAAAUUAAUUCUGAUCUUGCGUUGCGCCGUCUUCAGGACCAUGUUCUUGGGCAAUUGGAAAGAGAGCAACGAAAGUGAGCAAAUCAUCGAGCAUCACAGCUACGAUGUAUUUUUCGCCUUUUUGAAAUACUUCUACACCAACCAGGUUGAUUUGCAGCCAGAUUUGUCUCUAGAGCUAUUCGCGUUGGCCCACUUCUAUCAAAUGACUGAUCUGCAAAACGAGUGCCUGAAAAUUAUCAAAAGAGGCGUGACCGUGGAAAACGCUGCAUCGAUUUACGAUAAAGCAGUUCUAAUUGCUGCCGAGGAACUCAAGGAGUUCGUUCUGAAGUUCUGCAUGGAGCACAUGACUGCGGUCGUGAACAGUGAUGGCUUCAAGCUCUUGAAGGAUGAUGUCGCGAGAGAUUUUUUCCUUCAUGCAGCGCAGCAAGGAGCGUUUAAAAAAUGAUUAAUACGCGGUAUUCUCUGCUGAGAGAAGCAGAUUUUGUGUGUAUUUUAUACGACGGUGUUCUUUAUCUACGAAUUAGGACGCGUAUUCAUUAUCUAAUCUUGACUGCGCCUCCGUUAGCAAUAGUUUCAAUUUUUAAAAAUGAAUAAUCAAAUAUUAUUUAAAUUUUUGUGGGCAUAUCACACGUCAGUAACAAUUGUG